AUGACUGUCCCCGACUACGACGUUGCCAUUGUCGGCGCGGGUAUUGCCGGCAGCACGCUCGCCUCGCUCCUCGCUCCUCAUGCCCGUGUCAUUCUCAUUGACCGCGACGUUCGCGGCCUUCCAGGCUCUACAGGUCACGCGCCCGGCGUUGUUGCGCAGAUCAACACACUCCCUGUCCUCACCGAGCUGGCCCGGCGCAGUGUGGCAGCGUACACCGCCAUUCCAAACGGGUUCGACAACGUCGGUUGUCUGGAGGUCGUGCGUGGCGCCGAUGGCAAGAACUGGAUUCAGGAUCGCGUGGCUGUCGCUCGCGAGCGCAAGCUCGAGCAUUCGGUGCUCACCACGAAGGAGGCGCAGAGCCUCGCACCUGCGUUCGUCCACGACGACGCGACUGGUGCCAUCUACUACCCCAACGACGGCACGGCCAAUGCCAAGACGGUGACAUGGCACGCCCAGGACCUCGCGGCUGCUUCUGGCGCUACACUUGUUGACGGCAAUGUAACCAGCAUUACCCGUCUUGGUCAGACAUACACGAUCACGACGUCUGACGACGCGCACACUGCCCGCCGUGUGGUGGUCGCCACUGGCGUCUGGGCCGGCCAACUCUGUCCGUGCCUCGCUUCUCGCGCUGUGGCCUUUGCGCACCCGUACGCGUUUGCCAACCGCCACGCACCUCGCACUCGCAUGGCCCCCUUUGCUCGCUUCCCCGACGCUGUCAUGUACGUCCGCGACCACGGCGACCGCAUCGGUAUCGGCAGCUACAACCACGACCCGGUUGUCGUCCGUACCGCUGCCACCAAGGUUCUCCCCACUGCGUACACCCCGUUCCAGCCCCAGUUCACACACACGAUGGACGACGCGAUCCGACUUCUCCCGCCGUCCACGGCUGCUACGUUUGCCGGCCGUGUGGACGCACAGCCCGCCGAGCUCACCAUGCUGGCAGCCGGCAAUGUCCCAUACGGCUUCACCGGCGUGUUCACAAUCACGCCCGACGGACUGCCCCUUGUGGGCCGCAUCAAUUUGGGCAUGUACGCUGCCAUUGGGUGCUGGGUCACACACGCUGCCGGCAGUAUGCGUGUCCUUGCGGAUCUGAUCGUUGCCGACAUCCGUGGCGAGGACGCGCCCGAGGCGGACGAGUGGCUCCGUGCGGCUCUCGACCCGUGCCGCUUCCACCCUAUGGCGGAUGUCGAGUGCGAGAGCCACGCUGUGGACAAGUACAAGGACAUCUGGAACAAGAAGGACCAGGCCAAGGUGCUUGCUGCCCUGUAA